CGCAAGGCUGAGCUCAGUCUCUGCUGUCUUUGUCUUGUACUCUUUGUUAGCCAUGCCGAGCCUGCUGCUUCUAGCAGGGAUCAUGGAGAAAAAUGGGGGCUACGCCGGGGACGUGCCCGGCUCUGCCUUCGGGAGCGAGGGGCUCCUCGUGGCGCCCGACGAAGACGAGGAGGACUCCCGCGCCCUCAGAGUCGCUCUGGGCCAGUUGUCUCUGUUGGGUCUGGGAGAAGGCGAGGACAGCUCUGUCCCCCCAGGAGUCCAGGACCGGAGCAACAACAACAACAACAACCAGCACAAGGCCGGCGGAGACUCUCCUCUGUCCGCCAAGAACAAACUGUGCGCGCUGUACGAGCCCGGCUCCGAGACCAAAGCGCGAGGCUGCAACAUCACGGAGUGCGUCCCGGUGCCGAGCUCCGAGCAUGUGGCGGAGAUCGUGGGCAGACAAGGCUGCAAGAUCAAAGCUCUGCGGGCCAAGACCAACACGUACAUAAAGACUCCGGUUCGCGGGGAGGAGCCGGUGUUCCUGAUCACGGGGCGUAAGGAGGACGUGGCUCUGGCCCGUCGUGAGAUCAUCUCCGCGGCCGAGCACUUCUCCAUGCUCCGAGCCUCUCGGAACAAACUGGGCCUGAGCUUCAGCGGGUCCCCGCCCACCCCUCUGCCCGGCCAGACCACCAUCCAGGUGCGGGUGCCCUACAGGGUGGUGGGGCUGGUGGUGGGCCCCAAAGGCUCCACCAUCAAACGCAUCCAGCAGCAGACCUGCACCUACAUCGUCACGCCGAGCCGCGACAGGGACCCCGUCUUCGAGAUCACCGGGUCGCCUAGCAACGCGGAGCGCGCCCGCGAGGAGAUCGAAGCUCACAUCGCCUUCAGGACGGGAGGCCUCCACGACCACAACAACGAGAACGACUGCCUGGGCUCGUCCGGGGGGAGCCCGGCCAGCAGCGGAGGGGGUCUGGAGAGCCGCCUGCAACAAGUGUGGGGGGUCCAGGGCUCGCAGCGCAAGCCCCUCAGCAGCUACCGGCAGAACUUCCCCGAGGCCGUGGUGGGCGGAGGCGACGCCGUGUUCCAGAAGAACAGCUUCUCCAGCUCCGGGGACAAGUCCUGCUCCUACUUCGAGCCGGACGGCUCCAGCUGGGACUCGGACUACAAACAGGUGGCCUUCUACACGCAGCAGCGCUCCAAGAGCUUCGCGGGGCUGCCCCUGCCCCUCACCAGAAUGUCCCCCAGCCUGCCCGAGAGCACGGGCAUGGCCCCCCCGGGCUCCACGCACGCCCAGGCCCGCCGCGCCCACAGCGAGCCCUCCGGAGGAGAGGGUUUCCCCGGGCGCCGCGCCCUCAGCGAGCCCUCGGGCGGGGAGGGCUUCCCCGGGCGCCUGCCUCUGCCCGACUCCCCCCCGGCCUCCAUGCGGGACUGUAUGACCUGCUUCGAGAGCAAAGUGACGGCCGCCCUGGUGCCCUGCGGGCACAACCUGUUCUGUAUGGAGUGUGCCAUCCGCAUCUGUGAGCUCAAGCAGCCCGAGUGCCCGGUGUGCCACAGCACGGUGACCCAGGCCAUCCGGAUAUUCUCCUAACAGUCUGCCCUCUUCUUUACCCACCUUAUUAUUCUUCUCUUCAUAUUUUAUUAGUACAGUAUAUAAAGGUUUUUGUUUACAAAAUGAUGUCUGAUUUGGAGACACACUUUGUUUUACAAACCACAGAAGGUUGUGUUUCUUAAACAGUAUAAACUAUAUAUUUUAUAAGACGUUUUCUUUUCUAAUGAGCAUAGCUUUUAUUCUUUUGUUUUAUGGUUUUGUUUUUUAUCAAUGAAGUAUUUUUUAGGCAGAAGCAGAGACAGUCACAGCCCACAGGAGAGGGAGGAUCUUCUAGCACCUUACUCUGCAGGCUCUAAAGGGAGAGUGGAGAACAGGUACAGGAUGUGUGUGCUGGGCUGGGACAGAGAAACGCGGUGGAGGAGCAGUCGUCCAGAGAGACGCUCCCCCUGGUGGCAGCAGUGUGGUACUACACAGCUCUGAAAGCACUUCAGCACACGAUCUGUGUGCUCAGACCGAGUCCGAGCGCACGAGACACAGCCACGCCCCGGCCCCUGGAGCAGAGGUCACUGGGGCCUCGGGGGCCCUCAGUACCGGACAGUGAGGAGUGAGCGGUGUCCUGUCUCCAGGGGCCGGUGCUUAUGUCUCAGCUGUGCCCCUCGGUCUGCUCCAGUAAAAUUUGCACGUGUUCAGGUGCAGCCCGUGUACUUUAAUACUUUAGUACAUUUCUUUCCUGCCAUAGUGUUUGUUGAAUGGAGCCAGUGUCUGUUGACGACUGGUUUCCAGUAGCAUCUUUGGCCUUCUCGAGUUGCCCUGAGAUACCCUUUUGAUAAACUAAAGAAUGUGAAAGUCUGAACCGCAGAAAUUGGAAAAGACUGAACAAAAUCAAUGUUUAUUUUUCCAGAGUCGAAAGUGAAGCACCUUAUUCCCAUUUUAGUCUGAAACCAAACGGACGCCGUCGGACUGAGAGCCGCGGCGAGAUGCACAUGAGGAUCUCCUGCCGCGUCAGGAGCCGGUGUAUUUUAUACACACACAGUCGAAUCCCUCUGAAUCUUUGACAAAAUCACACAGAAGCUUCUAUAUCCGCAGAAAGACUUAGUUAGUGAUGAGCCCCUGUAAAUGUGGACACAAGCAAUAUGCUUAGCACUUAGCUUCAACCAUAAUCCACCGCUCGCGCCGCCGCCGCAUCAGCAGCAGGCGCCUCGUCUGCUCCAUGAUGCACAUUUACUACGUUUAAGUAAACUUCAAUACUGUAAGGGAACGGGGGGAGGGACGA